GCAAAGCAAAACCAAUUCAGAUGACGACUGCUUCGACUCCGCAGCUCACCCUUUGUACCUUCUCAAUACCCAAUGGUUUCAACAACGAACCCAGAAACAGACCACACGCCAAAGUCCGUAGCUUUGGUCCUUCUCUGCUCACAAACAAGCUGGAAUUGAGAGCUUGCUUGAUUAAAGAGCUUCGUCAGCAGAGACGGCCAUUUAUGGGUCUGAAAGAAACUCAAUUUCCAGCAAGUGAGAAAGCUCGGAACCAUAAAAGACGAGUCUUUAAGGUCAGCUGUAAUAAAGGUUUAGGCUUUAACGGUGGAGACAGCAACGGGAACGGGAGAAUCCUCGGGAACUUGGCUUUGGCUAUUGGUUUGACUUAUCUCUCUAUGACUGGUCAGCUUGGUUGGCUUUUGGAUGCUAUUGUAUCUGUCUGGCUUGUUGUGGUUAUUGUUCCGAUUUUGGGGUUGGGAGCUUUUCUUUGGUGGGCUCAACGAGAUAUUGUCCAGAGCAGUUGUCCGAAUUGUGGAAAUGAAUUUCAGAUAUUCAAGUCAUCGUUGGACGAUGAGGUACAGCUUUGCCCUUUCUGCACUCAGCCAUUCUCAGUUGAGGAUGAUAAGUUUGUUAAGGAACCAGUGAAAUUUUCGAACCAAACUACUGCUUUUGGACAAGACCUAAAUGGGUUUUCUUCUCCACCUAAGAAAGGAAAAGGUUUCUCAACAGCGGUGGUGGACAUAGAAGCUGAAGUAACAGAUGCAGACUGAAAAUGAGCCCAACGAACUGUAGACCGAGCAAAAGAUAUCGUAGAGACAAAAACAACAAACUUGUGCAAAGAGCUCGUUGUUGGAUAUAGAAGUAAUAUAGAAUCACACAUCCAUAUGUAUAUAUAUACAUGUCUUUGACAUUGUUAUUACAUUUUGAUCUUAUGUUGUUUGAAUGAUUGUUUGUAGUAGUAGUUCCCAUCUACGACUGUUAUAGGUUCUUACCAAGCUCAAGACAAUUCCGGUCUUGUAUUGGGCCUCUUAAAGGCUCAUUUAAGGCUCGUUACGUAUGAAUCAG